AUGUCAUUAUCUGAUAAGCAUUCUAAACGCAAAACAAAAAAAGUUCAAUGUCAUUGUCCAAAAUGUAAAGCCGAUAUUGGUAAAACUACAAAAACCGAAAUGCAAUCACAUUCAACUAAACACAAACGUGAAGAAAAACCUCUUCCUGAAUUCCAAAAACAUAGUUCAGAAAGUGAAGUUUCUGGAAACAUAUAUUCGGAUAGCGAUAUUUCUGAAAAUGAUGAAGAUGAGGAAGAACCACUACCAGUAUUCCAACUGAAAAUUAAAGGUUCUGGAACUGAAUAUUCAAAUAACAAUA